AAAACUCAACAGAUUAGAAAGAAAAAAAAAAAAUCUUUGGUUUUGACCGAAAUUCCGUGUUUCUCUCGGGAGACUUUUUUAACCGCGGAUCUACUAAGGUAGCUUCAGAGAAAAGAAAAAAAAUUGAAAAUCCCCAAAUUUAAAAUCAAAGUGACUAUUAUAUCUACGAGGCCUUCAAUUCCAUUCUUCCGAUUCUUACUAAGUUUCAGCUAUCCGAUUUCAUUGAAUAGAGUUUGAACUCCAUCAAAGAUUGUGAAAGAACAAAUUUUGACCAGAAUCAGUUAUGCAGAGCCAACUUGUGUGUAGUGGGUGUAGGAACGUACUUUUAUAUCCUAGAGGAUCUGCAAAUGUUUGCUGUGCAAUAUGCAGCACAAUUACCUCAGUCCCCCCUCCUGGGAUGGAAAUGGCACAGCUAAUUUGUGGAGGCUGCAGGACUUUGUUAAUGUAUACACGUGGAGCAACAAGUGUUAGAUGCUCUUGCUGUCAUACAGUGAAUCUUGCACCAGGAUCCAAUCAGAUGGCUCAUGUUAAUUGUGGAAACUGCCGGACAACACUCAUGUAUCCGUUUGGAGCUCCAUCGGUAAAAUGUGCAGUUUGUCAAUAUGUUACAAAUGUUGGUAUGGGCAAUAUGAGGGUUCCAAUUCCUGUGCACAGACCCAAUGGGAUCAAUUCCGGAACAAUGCCCUCCACUUCAUCUCCAAUGCCUCAUUCACAAAGCCAAACUGUCGUGGUCGAGAACCCCAUGUCUGUUGACGAAAGUGGCAAACUGGUGAGCAAUGUCGUUGUUGGGGUUACAACAGAAAAGAAAUAAUAAAAUUAAGAUUCCAGGACGUGCUGUAAGCAUUAUUUGGCUGGGGCAAAUCCAGAUGUUUUUUAUACAUCUCUAUAUAUAGACAUGGAAAUUGGUUGUGUAUAUCUUGUGAGAGAUUGACCAUGAUUUUCAUUUUUUCGAGAACCUUAUAUCAAAAUGUGAGGUUUCUGUGAUUAAACUGUGAUUGUACUUAAAAAAAAAAUAUUAGAGGCGAAAAGGGUCUUUCUUUUGGUCAUUUGUGUGAUUUUUUACAUUUAGUUUUCCCUAUUUGAAUCUAUAUGAAUGGAUGGAAAUAAGAAUAGGUGUAUUUAUUCCAGGUUCGUAUGUAUUUCAAUAAAUUGAUAAUAAUAAUUUAACCAUGAAAUUGGUUUGGAA